AUGAGGGAGCGACUGACGACGACUAAAUAUUCAAAUAGAGAAGAUUUGUUACCAGUGAAAGAAAAACAGGACAAGUCCGAGUUUGAUGUAACUGCUCGGGUCCCCAUUCAUAGACAGCUCUCUAGUCCAGUCAGUCCAAAUGUUCAAUGGACUGACUUGGCUGCCAUCCAAUCACAACUUCAAAUGCAAGGCCAAGCAAUAGAAUCCCUCACCAAAAGGCUUCACAAUGUGGAGAGAGAGAAGCAGUCACAGCAGUGUCUUAUUCAAUCGUUACAAGCGGAGGUACAGAGGCUGCAUGAGGACCUGAGGGAGAGGGGGGAGUGGCAGGAGCAGGGUCCGGGAGCUGAGCGCAGGAUGGAGCAGUGGAGGAGGGAAGUCGGCCGCGAGCUCAGCAGUCUGCGCGGACACGUCACCAGAACCACGUCAUUGGAAGAGAGUUUCAGCUCGAAGCUCCGCAGAGAGGAGCUGGAUUUUCUGCGGAAAGAAGUGGAGCAGCUGAAGACCAGGCUCAGACGACAGGAGGAGAGUGUGUUCCUCCAGCAGACAGAAGCCAGAGAGAGCAGGCGACAGUAUGAGCACAGCUGUAAGACGUUGGAGGAGUUGACAGACAGUUAUAGGAUUCACAGCACAGAUUUGGCAAAUACAGCGUCUCGGUAUUCUCACACGCAACAAGAAGUCCAUCAGAUCAGAGCCACAGUUUCUGAUCUGAAAGAUGAGGUCAGAAGUCUUGUCCUGCGCGACCAUGAACCCACGUCUCUGUUGUCGGUGCAUUCAACCGGGAGCCCGUUACUUCAGAUCCCUCAAAUCCAAAACACGACAAAAGCUCGAGUGGAUCGGCCCCCGGCAGACUCUGACUCGGAGGACUUCAGCCCAACACCAAGCUUAACUGAAAUUAGCUCAGACGACUUGUCAUGGCUGGAAGACCUUGAUCCAGCUCUGCAGCAGAAACCCCGGGUUAGACUGAGCAUAAAGUCCAGGCGCAGCGACCUGGACGUCCUGGGCUCUGAUUUAGAUGAUGAUGAUGAUGCUGAUGGUGGUGGUGACAAGAAUGAAGAAGAUGGAGGAGACUUUGAUGUUCCAGAUUAUGGAUCCGACCUGAGUCUCGAUGAUCUUUGA